AUGAAGUGGGAGUCGCUCCUUUUUAUCGCCAUCGCUGCUGGCUCGGCACUGGCUCGAAAGCAUGACAUGCGUGAUCAUGUCCAUAUUCAUCAUCACCAACCGGUUUUGAAGGCUAGAUUGAGAGCUAGAGGACUUGAAAAUGUCCCCAAGAGCCCAGAUAUGCAACCUGAAAUCCACAUGGAAUCCGCCACAGUGCACAACACUGUCUCCAAGAGUCAGCGUACCACAAGGGCCUAUAUUGAUAGCUCUCGGCCCCUCGAUGUCCUUCCAGUAAGAACAAGGACGGUACCUAGAACGAGCAGAGUUGCUGCAAGGAGUACUUCCGGGGAGCAGGCCAGCUGGAUCAUGAUCCCCUCCAACGGAGUAUACCGUACGGCCGGCUUCGGCGAGCGCACCCGGCCUUCAGGCUCCGGUAUCGAUUACAGCGGUAAUGUCGGGAACCCGUGGGGCAGCAACAUCAUCCAGAUUAGCGAGGACUCUGCUUGGCAGUACCAAUACGUUGUCCAGAUCAGAGGGAGCAGCACAAGGGAGUGGACAGUCGUCUUCUGGAACAAGAUCGGCCCCGACGGCAAGAUGGGCGGAUGGUAUGGGCACUCGGCGCUGACCUUGACCCUUCCCCCGGGGACAGCGAUGUAUGUCGCGUUUGACGCAGACUCCCAAGGCGCAUGGGGCGCUGCAGAGGGGCGCUCCCUGCCCACGGAUGCGUUUGGAGGUUAUGCGUGCACGUGGGGAGAGUUUGAUUUUGGCAACUCGGGGAAUGGUGGAUGGUCCGGGUGGGAUGUAUCGGCGAUCCAGGCGCAGAAUGCGAAGAUGCCGGUACAGGGGAUGAGGAUCUGUGAUUAUACGGGAGAAAAGUGCUCAUCCGUCACGACUAAUGCGGCGAGUGUGGUGAAUGCUUAUACUGCAGCUGAGGCCGCUAUUGAUGGCAUAGGAGGAAGUUUGAAGCCGGGGCCUGUCAGGCUUGUGGUCGAGUUGGAUUAUAAUGGGUGA